AUGGAUCGAAAAAUCGGAUUUGCUCUUCUGGCAUGCCUUCUUCUCCUUAUGCUCAUUCUUUCUAUCGGUAUUCCAAAAUGGCUCUGCGAAGGAAAUAUUCUUGGAUAUCAAUGUAUCAAAACCUAUUCAUUGAGGGUCAUAGGGUAUUUAUUGGCAACCAUGACUGCUUUGGCCCUACUCAUCGUCAUUUUCGUACUUUUGAUGAUCUUUCUGGGGUCAACAUGGACCUUCAUUGCAACACUUACAACAGCAGGAAUCACUGCAGUUCUAGCCAUGGCUGUGACAUUUUUUCUCAAUGACAUCCCUAAUCCUUAUAGUUCGAUUUUCGCUGCAAUUGGAGCAGGGAUUAUAUUUGGCCUCCUUGUGAUGUUUCUAUUUGAUUAUUUCAGUUAA